AUGACUUUUGAAAACUAUUUCUCGUUCCAGAUAUUUUUUAUCUUCUUAAGGGAAUCCUUGGAAAUCGUCGUUAUCAUAUCGAUUUUAUUGACCAUUGUCAAGCAAGGUCUGUCUGUUGAUGACGACAGCUCGGUUGAUGGAAGCUCUUCGACGGCGCUCCCAAGUCCUAGUACAAAUGUGAACGCAGACUCGACCACUGCAUUUUUACAGCAUGGACACACAAACGCUAGUGUCGAAGGGACUUCUGCCACAACUCAAAGCGACGAUAAUGUCACGAAGCCACUUAACGUGGAAGAAGAAGAGGAAAUUUACGACUAUCCCAAUGAGUUAAGAGAGCAAGACCGGGAGCCCAACGAACAUAUUGCUGAUAACGUGAAAUUAUAUCAGAAAUUAAAGAUCCAGAUCCUUGCGGGUGGUGCGUUUGGUUUGUUGCUCUGUAUGCUAAUCGGUGGUGCAUUUGUUAGUAUAUUCUAUCACAUAGGUACGGACUUGUGGACCUUGAGUGAACAUUAUUAUGAAGGUGUCUUGAGUCUUGUCGCAUCUGUUAUUAUCUCUGUUAUGGGGCUGUUCUUCUUAAGAAUGGGGAAGUUGAGAGAGAAAUUCAGAGUGAAACUGGCCUCUAUCAUUUACUCAAAGGACAAUAACCUUUUGGGGAGCAACGCUACAAAGAGCGUCAAAUUCAGUGAAAAGUAUUCCUUUUUCAUAUUACCAUUUAUCACGACUUUGAGAGAAGGCUUGGAAGCUGUUGUGUUCAUCGGAGGUAUCGGUAUUGAUCAACCGUUAACGUCAAUCCCUCUAUCCAUGUUGCUCGCCACAGCUAUCAGUACUGUUUUCGGUAUUUUUUUCUUCCAGUACUCGAGCUCUCUUUCACUAAAGAUAUGUCUGGUUGUCGCCACAUGCUUCCUUUAUUUGAUAGCAGCUGGUUUAUUUUCUAAAGGUGUUUGGCAGCUUGAAUUGCAAGACUAUGUUAACAAAUGUAACGGUCAAGACAUGAGUGAAGUGGGAAAUGGACCUGGUUCGUACGAUAUAUCCCGUUCCGUUUGGCAUGUCAAUUGUUGUAAUGGUGAAAAGGAUGGAGGUUGGAUGAUUUUCACCGCUAUUUUUGGUUGGACCAACAGUGCUACCGUUGGCUCUGUAAUCAGCUAUAAUGUUUACUGGUUAGUAUUAAUAGGCGCCUUGAAGCUGCUAAUGAUAGAAGAAAAAUACGGCUACAUUCCUUACAUUCCUGUCAACUGGCAAAAGAAACGUAUUAUGAAAAGACUAAACAUAGCAAAGGCCUCGCUAGCUUUAAAACAAAAUGCUUUUGAACCAAACUCAAGUACGUCAGAUCCAGACAGUCAAAGGAAGUCCAGAGAUAGUUCAGUGCCCUUAAUACUUGAGAGUCAUGGCUCAACUAACUGA